AUGAGCAAUAUUCUUCGGUUUGAGGCAUUCAGCUCGGUGGUGGAGCCCGAAUUCUGGGCCGGGCUUGCGCAUCACAAGCUGCAUUCGGCGCAGCUGGACACAGCACGCACGGAUAUCGAGGGCGAGUUUGUCAGCGGGCGGCGUCAUGCAGAGUUCAAGGCGGCCGACAAGGGCGAGCUUCUGCGGACUGCCGGGCAGGGGAUUCUGGACGACAUCCAGUCAGGCAAAGCGACAGCGACGCCCGAGAAGUACCGGUUCUACCACUGGUUUGCGUUCCCAGCCAUCACGGCCGACCCGCCGGAUACAGUAGCCAAGGAGCAGACGCUGCUGGAGUACGUGGGCGGCGACGAGGACAGGGUGCGGGACCUGGCGCGCGUGGCGACAGUCGGGGGAGCGUUUCUGGCCAAGUACUCGAUGGGGCAGUGGCAGGUGGGGAGGCUGAGCGACUGGCAGGGGUUCUUUGGCGACGGCGUCAUGCUUGGGUUUGUUGACCCCAGCAGCCAUGCGACGCGGCCGGGAUGGCCGUUGCGCAAUCUGCUGGCAUGGCUGCGGACAUGCGCACCCGGAGCAGACGCAGAUCCAGUGCCCCCGGAGAGCAUAGUGCUGGACAUCAACGUGACCAGGGCUGGAGACUUGAAGGCCCAGGGGCAGGUCAGCGGGUGGGAGCGCAACGAGGCCGGGCGGCUGGUGCCGCGCAUGGCCAAUCUGUCGGCAUCCAUGGAUCCGUCCCGGCUGGCCGAAUUGAUCUCGGGAGGGAUCUCGGCCACCCGGGCGCUGCUGCUGGGCGCCGGGACGCUGGGUUCGUAUGCUGCGCGGGCGCUACUGGCGUGGGGGGUGCGCAAAAUCACCUUUGUGGACAAUGGCAAGGUGUCGUUUUCGAACCCGGCCCGGCAGCCAUUUGCCUUGAGGCGGAUUUUCCCCAAUGUCGAUGCGCAGGGGGAGCAGCUGAGCAUUCCCAUGCCGGGCCAUCCGGUCCCCGAGAGCGAGCGGGAGGCGACUAGGCAGGCGGUGGGGCGGCUGGAGCAGCUGGUGGAAAGCCACGACGUGGUGUUCCUACUGACUGAUAGCCGCGAGAGCCGCUGGCUGGCGACCGUGCUGGGGGCAUUGCAUGACAAGCUGGUGGUGUGCAUUGCCUUGGGCUUCGACUCGUUUGUGGCCAUGCGGCAUGGCGUGCGGUCGCAGGGCAGCGGGCGUCUGGGCUGCUAUUUCUGCAGCGAUGUGGUCGCGCCGACCGACUCUCUGACCGACCGCACGCUUGACCAGCAAUGCACGGUGACGCGCCCUGGCCUGGCGCCUAUUGCGUCGGGGAUGGGUGUCGAGCUCGUCUCCACCAUCCUGCAGCACCCGCUGGGCAAAGCUGCCGCUGCCGACGCCGACGCCGGUCACACAAUCGUCGGCCAUGCCUACGAUAAGUGCACCGCAUGCUCGGACUCGGUGCUGAGCGCCUAUCGCGAGCACGGCUAUGCCUUUCUCGAGCGCGUGUUCAACAACGCCUGUACGCUGACGGGAUUGGCGCAGCUGCAUCGCGAGACUGAGGAGCUGAUGGAUGAUAUUGAAUGGACAGAUGAUGACGCUUUUGAAGAGCUAUAA